AUGAAGCGCCUGUUGUUUUUGGGUAUUGCUUUUGCUGCUUUCCACAUCAGCUAUUCGAAACCUCCAGCUUUCUGCCAACUGGGCCAUGAUGAAGGUGAAGGCUUAAGCUUUAACUUUGCUCUGUAUUACGAUGCCAACAAAGAUCAGUGCAAUCCUUUCAUAUACAAAGGCCAAGGAGGAAAUGCCAAUCGCUUUGAAAGUGAAAAGCAGUGCAUGAGAAACUGUUCGGCCAACGCAGAGAAAGUCUACCCCAUGGAUGCCUCUCUAGCUUGCCACUUUAAAAGGGCCACAGGUGAAUGUAGUGGAAAGUUUUUGAGAUACUACUACGAUUCUGUUCACCACAAAUGCAAAAAAUUCCUUUGGUCUGGAUGCAUCGGAAACGGAAACAGAUUUUACGACUAUUUCAGCUGCAACUCCACCUGUACUGGAAUCCACGAUGAUCGUGAUGAAGAGGAGGAGGAGGAGCCAGACACUCCUAUUGCAAUCAUCUGUGGAGUUUUGCUUGCUGUCAUUAUUGUCGCCAUCAUCAUCACUGUAGUUGUCUUGACCGUGAAUUCAAAGAAAAAGGGCUCCAAGAAGAAGGCACCAGAGAAGAGUAGAGACCCCCAGUCUAGCUCACCUCUUCAGGAUCAGGGCAUUGAAAUGGCAUAGAAAAUCUUGUGACCUCGAUAGCAACACCAUCUUGGUUUUGU